AUGGCUGAGAGUGCUGUGAUCCAUCUACUAGCCAACUUCGCACCCUUCCUCCAACAAGAGGCCAAUUUGUUGACCGGAGUUCGAGAUGAAAUCGAAUACAUCAGGGAUGAAUUCGAGCGCAUGACGGCUUUCCUCAGAGUUGCCGAUGCUAUGGAAGAGAACGAUCCCGAACUCAAAGUAUGGGUCAAGCAAGUCCGAGAAGCUGCGUACGACAUUGGAGAUGUUCUCGAGUUGUUCAUGCUUCGCCUCGGACAUCGUCAUGGCGCUGGGUUUCGCGGUUUUCUUCGUAAGGUUUCUUGCUGUAUUAAGACUUUAAUAGCUCGUCACCAAAUUGGUUCUGAAGUUCAAAGAAUGAAGUCCAGAGUCGACGAUAUUUCCAAGGGACAUCAGAGGUACCAUGACAGAUAUGGUACGUUAGAGCAAGGCUCAAGCUCAAGGGCCACUGGUUUUAACAGAGCAUGGCAUGAUUGUCGCAGCGAUGCCCUUCUACUCGAUGAAUCUGAGCUUGUGGGCAUCGAUGAACCCAAAUCGGUACUGAUUUGGUGGUUGGUGCAUGAAGACCCCGGACUCAAGGUGCUCUCCGUAUCAGGAAUGGGCGGAUUGGGCAAAACAACAAUGGUUAAAAAGGUGUUUGAUGAUGCAGUUGUGAAGAAUCAUUUCCAGAGCCAUGUUUGGAUCACUGUUUCUGAAUCCUUCAAGAUUGAGGUGCUCCUCAAAGGCAUCAUCAAACAACUUUUUGAAGAAAUCAAGCAACCAGUCCCACAAGGGAUGGACAACAUGGAUACCAACAGCUUAAAAGGGAUAAUUAAUGCUUUCCUGCAACAGAAGAGGUAUGUGCUUGUUUUCGAUGAUUUAUGGGAUAUUCAAGCGUGGCAAUCUUUUAGACAUGUGUUUCCUAGAGGCAAUUGUGGCAGUCGAGUAGUGCUCACAACCAGAAAUGCAGAUUUAGCUUCUUUCGCUAGUACAGAAUAUCAUGGCGAUGUCCAUAAUCUUCAGCCCUUGACUCUCGAAGAGUCCUGGACAUUGUUUUGCAGGAAAACAUUUAUGGAGAAUUCUUGUCCUUCACAUUUGGAAGGACUUUCAAGAGCCAUCUUGAAUAGAUGCGAGGGAUUGCCGCUUGCAAUUGUGGCAAUUAGUGGUCUUUUAUCAACGAAGGAUAAGAGCAGUGUGAAUGAGUGGGAUAAGAUCUACCACAGCCUUGGUGCAGAACUAUAA